CUCCCGGCUCCUCCUCCGCUCCGGGACCGCCUCCCUCCCUGCGGCGGGUGCGACGCGGGCGGCGGCAGCGAUGGCCGGGUCCCCGGCGUCCCUCUCGGGACGGGACGUAGGAUCGUUUGCAUAUCUUACAAUUAAAGACAGAAUACCACAGAUCUUAACCAGGGCUAUUGAUACAUUGCAUCGACAUAAAAGUGAAUUUUUUGAGAAACAUGGAGAGAAAGGCACAGAAGCUGAAAAGAAAGCAAUUUCUCUUCUUUCUAAAUUACGAAAUGAAUUGCAAACAGAUAAACCAAUAAUCCCCUUUGUUGAGAAGUUUAUUGAUACUGACAUAUGGAAUCAGUACCUAGAAUAUCAGCAGAGUCUUUUAAAUGAAAAUGAUGGAAAACCCAGGUGGUUUUACUCACCUUGGUUGUUUGUAGAAUGCUACAUGUAUCGUAGAAUUCAUGAAGCAAUUAUCCAGAGUCCACCAAUUGAUGACUUUGAUGUAUUUAAAGAAUCAAAAGAGCAAAAUUUCUUUGAGUCACAGGAAUCUAUUGUUGCUUUGUGCACUCACCUACAAGAGUUGGUAACAGCUAUCAAAGACCUAGAUGAAAAUCAGCUGAAAGAUGAAUUUUUCCGACUUCUUCAGAUUUCACUGUGGGGAAAUAAGUGUGAUCUGUCUCUAUCAGGCGGGGAAACCAGUUCUCAGAAAAUCAAUAUAAUAAAUUCUUUAGAGGAACUAAAACCUCUGAUUUUAGUGAAUGACAUGGAACAUCUUUGGUCGCUGCUUAACAACUGCAAGAAAACAAGAGAAAAAGCAUCUCUUACUAGAGUUGAUAUUGUUCUGGAUAAUUCUGGGUUUGAACUUGUUACAGAUUUAGUUUUAGCUGACUUUUUGUUGUCCUCGCAGCUGGCUACUGAGAUCCAUUUUUAUGGAAAAACUAUUCCGUGGUUUGUUUCUGAUACUACUAUCCAUGAUUUUAACUGGUUAAUUGAACAAGUCAAAAGUUCUAAUCAUAAGUGGAUGUCCAAGUGUGGGGUUGACUGGGGAAAUUAUAUUAAAAUGGGCAAAUGGGUUUACCAUGACCAUAUAUUUUGGACUCUGCCUCAUGAAUUCUGUGUAAUGUCUCAGGUUGCUCCUGACUUGUAUGCUGAACUACAGAAGGCACAUUUAAUUUUAUUCAAGGGUGAUUUGAACUAUAGGAAGUUGACAGGUGAUAGAAAGUGGGAAUUUACCAUUCCAUUUCAUCAGGCUUUGAACGGCUUCCAUCCUGCCCCUCUCUGUAGUAUACGAACAUUAAAAGCGGAGAUUCAGGUUGGGCUGCAGCCGGGGCAGGCUGAACAGUACAUGGCCUCUGAGCCCAACUGGCUGACCAGUGGCAAGUAUGGAAUAUUUCAGUUUGAUGGUCCGCUCUGACUUGCUUUAGGAACUCUUAAGUUACAUAGAAAAAUACGACCCACACUUUGCAUCCCCAGACAAAGCAGUGUGUGAAUUUAGUCACAUAGCUCUUCUGCAUCAGCUCUGGGAAACAUGGCUUCUCAGUGUUCAUUUAUGUACACUCUGGAUGCUUUUCUCUUUGGGCAUUUUGCCCACUACAUUGUUUGGGAGAUAAGUGGAUUAAUCUAGUUGUAGAUAUUUAUGUUGGAAUUUUAAUAACAUAAUUUUAAGCGGUUUUAAUGAACUUUUAAUUGGUCAGAAAGUAAAAUAUGAGAGGAUUCUGCUUUUAAAGUCAGUUAACAUUGUUUUAAUGCUAUGCUGCAUGGUAUUUAAUAUUCAAGGAAGCAUGGGAUUUUAUUUCACUUGUUUUGGGCUCUAGAAAUAAGGGCUCUGAAAACAAACCUCUUAAAUGAGACAUGCUUAGAAAGAGACAUUUCUUAGAACUGUGAUACUUGAAAAAUGAAAGUAAAGAUUACCUCAUAAGUUAAUUGUAAAUUUUGUUCUCCUUGAACUUUUGCACGCAUUUGUAUUUUGAUUGACCUGUGGAAUGGAUAGUAGGAAACCCAAAAUUGAACAAAAUGAAACAUGGUAUUUGAAGAACUGAUAUCUUUUACUUCUAUUUGUGAUAUUCAUAAUCAACUGAACUAUAUUAAUACAUAAGUGCUUUACAUGAACAGAUUUUUAGAUUGUUCUGAAGUUUUUAAAAAAUGGUUUAGAUAGAAAAGAUUCUUAUGCAUUGAAUUUGGAGUACUAAGUUAAUUUUUUAUAUGCUUACCCAUUUUUUGGUGACCAUUAGAUAUUAAAGUAUAUAAGUUUCAGGCCAGUUUGUUUUGAAACAAAUCAGCAGUAAACCUUGAAAUGUUUUUCUGAUGGUAUAAUAAAAUGAAUCAUACUGAAAA